CGGUGAAUCGUGAAUCGGGAGUGGUACGAAAUUGGUAGGGUAGGGUAGGAUAGCAAGCCGGGACCUAUUGAAGGCCAUACCCCCGUACUUAUGCGACUUCUUGUUUAUUACUACCGCCACCCCGCCACGAGGACUGUUGCUCUGUAGGAAGGAGUGAGGAUAUCUAGAUGUUCGCUUCAUUACUGCGCUCGAAGAAGAGUAGCCGGUCGUCUGAGACGACGCCCCUGCUCGCCGCAUUACACAAGUAUCGCAGCCGCCACAACGACGAGGCGUCCGAGGUCGAAGACCACUACGAGGAUCAUACCGGCCGAUACGAUGGCGAGAUUCACGACGAGGACCAUGACCGCCGGCGCGAUGGCCCGCUGCUGCCCGUCUUCUCUUCAGAGCUGCUGGAUCGCAUUCCCGUAUACAACAACACGCAUGCCAUACGUACAGCGGUUAUCCAGCGCUGCGAGACAACCCUGAGUUGGGACCAGCUGCGCUCGCCGCAGGUCUCACAGUUUCUCGUCAAGCCCAUCCAGCAGCAGAUUCGCGCCGAGCACUACAACCGUGGCACGCUGUACUGUCUGAUAGCGAAUUGCCUUCAGUUCAGGAAGGAGGGCGAGGCGAAUCCUGGAAAUGUGGGCGUCAGCAAGACGCGCGCGCUCCUCUGUGAGCUGCUGGCCAUGCGCCUGUUGAAGGAGUUCACCACAAGGGAGCUGAUCGAUGCGCUGAGCUACGAUUUUGAUCCUCUGCAAGGUCUCGAGUCGCCGCCCGGUGGCGCAAGCUGGAUGCGCCCGAGGCAACAACUUGCGCGCAUCUCUGCACUUGAGAUCGCGAUUCGCGCCCAAGCCAAGAAGCUGCUGGCCCAUCCUCUUGUAGUGCAGCAACUGGAGGCCAUCUGGGCUGGCACAAUCGUCUUUCACUCGGUCGCGGAUAGCCUUCAUCGCAAGCCUGAUUCGCCUCACGCCCGUAGCGUUCCCAAUAGCGACGACAUCUCUCCUGGUAGGGGGCCGUCGCGACGUCUGCCACCACGCAAGCGGUCCAACACCGAGUUGCCGCCAUCUGCACUCAUGAGACGAACAGUGACCCUCUACGAUCCCCACGACGCCUCGCUUUUCAAGCUCUCCCGACUCCGAGUCCCUCGCUACCGCAGCAUCUUCUCGACCCUUUCCUUCGCUAUAAUGUUAGGCCUAUUUCUCGCUGUACUGGCGGAGAAGUCAGACGACAUCACGGUUCUGGAAGUCAUCUUCUGGUUCUGGAGUGCUGGAUACAUGCUGGAUGAGAUUGUUGGAUUCUCUGAACAGGGCUUUGGCCUGUACAUCAUGAGCGUGUGGAAUGUCUGUGAUCUGGGCAUCUUGCUCAUGUUUAUGGCAUACUACAUUCUGCGCUUGUACGGUAUACUCAUGCCGGAUGUCAGCCGUCGGCAUGUGGCCAGCAUGGCGUACGAUACCCUAGGAGCGACUGCAGUGCUUCUAUUUCCUCGCCUCUUCUCCGCUCUGGACCACUACCAGUACUUCUCCCAGCUGCUCAUUGCGUUUCGCAUGAUGGCAAUGGACUUGAUUGCUAUUCUGGUCCUCAUUGUCAUUGCAUGCAGCGGGUUCUUUGUCGCAUUCACUUUGGCCUUCGAUACAAAUCUUGGCGCCUCAAACGCCGCGUACGCCAUCUUCCAGCUACUCAUGGGCUUCACACCGGCUGCAUGGGAUCUUUGGGUCGGAUACAACAUUCUUGGCAAGGCCCUGUUGGCUCUCUUCCUCUUCAUGUGUCACUUCCUCAUUGUCACCAUCUUGGUCACAGUGCUGACGAACUCGUUCAUGAAAAUCGUUCAAAACGCCAAUGAGGAGCAUCAGUUCUUGUUCGCAGUGAACACAAUCUCGAUGGUCAAGUCCGACGCCCUGUUCUCUUAUAUUCCUCCCACGAACAUCGUAGGCUGGCUACUCAUCCCGAUCAAGUACACGAUGUCAUUCAAGCGGUUUGUACGCAUGAACAGACUGAUCAUCAAACUGACGCAUAUUCCAAUUUUGUUCACGAUCUUCACGUACGAGAGGCUUCUGCUCACAAGCUUGGGCUAUGGACCUGCCGACCUGGUUGAGAACCGUGGACGGCCGGGUACGGCAUCACCCGUAAUUCCUGCCUUCAGUAUUCGUGGUGCUGUCGAAGCCUUCAACCCUCGCUUACGCGAGCCAUCUAUCACGACUUUCCACAAAGACCGUGCCCUGGAAGAGGUGUUUCGCAGACCGUAUCGCGACAACAGCGUCCAAGCACCUUCAAACUAUCCGUCUGGUCGUAGAAAUUCAAGCAACGUCGUAUCGGACUGGAUGAAGAAGAUGGGCGACGACGAGGAGGUGACUCCGCCCCAAGAGGAUGCACAGUCAGUUCUUGACCGUUUGGAGUCGCGUGCUAGGCCAGGGUAUCUGCGCCGCUCAAAGACGUCUGGCCAGCCCCGGAGAAGACAUCCGCUUUCGUUCACUCGAAGUGUAGCCUCCGAUCCAGAUGAUACCUUCAAAACAUUUCCACGUCCAAUCAUGGAAGAGGACGAACCCGUCAUGGACGAAGACCCUCCGCAACAGACUGACGCCGAUGGCGACGACGAGUUGCUAACACAGGCCGACGAAAACGAGUCCACCUCAGAUCGCCAGAUAAUUCCGAAGAACCUACCCACCUCAGAUAAGGAGAACAAGAAACCGAUGUCGGGCUAUGUGACGUCUGAAGAUGAAUUCUUCCGUACACCCAUGGUGGUCUCUAGGCCGAAAACUCCAGCACGUACUCCAGCAAGAGUAGCUUCACCGUCUGAAACCAGCGCGGCGGGUGGAAAGAUCAUGUCACCAGGCAGGAGAAAGAAACCAGGACAUGCGCGCAACGCUUCAACAAACACCAUUCUGUUCAGCCCAACAAAGGAGUCGAUGGAAUUCUCGCGUCCAGGCUCACCCGAUAAACGUGCGAAAUUGAGCUCACGCAGCGGUACAGCUACGCCUGGUCGUCUCGACGGACCGAUGACGUCUGGAUCGAAAACACCGAAGCGCCCUCAGAACGUGAGCCACAUCAGUCAGGCCUCGGCGUCACGUGCUCGAGCAAUUAUGCCUCCAGAGUCAAGCCGAAAGACACAUAACUUCUCGAACUUCCUCGCGCAUGAACGCCAGAACCGUACACCGUCCUUCAACGCCGUAGCACUCGACCUCGCCUCCGAUCUUGGCGAUAAUACCAACAACCCCAAUUUCGGCAACCUAAACACUCUCCCGGCCUCCUUCACGACUACGUUCGAGCUCGCAGCUCGGGCGAGGGCAGAAGCACGCAUGGACCGCAAGACAAGCGACACAGAAUCAGAUUCGAACCGCAUGAGUAGGAUCAUGCUCGCCCGCAUGACGACAUUGGAAGAAGGCUUCCGCGACGUGCUGAAAGAAGUCAAGGGCCUCAGAGUAGGAGACUCGAGCGCAGCAGGCAGUCAGCGCACACACACGCCACCCAACGAACGCAUCGAACUCGCGAAGAAGAAAGGGAAAGCGAAGAAGCGCAAUAGUAAGAAGGGUAGUGGAGAAGAUAAGUUUGGAUCAAGCGCCUAGAGGCGACUUGGUAUGCAUCAAGAGGCAUUUGAGGUGGCCUUAGCGUCCCAGC